UUCUUGAGUGUCCUCUCCUGGUUCAAAAACCUAGAGAGAGAAAGAAGAAGAGAGAGAGAGAGAGACGGAGACCGCAGGAAAUUCAUCGACGAGAGCCGCUCGUCUCCGAUCCGCCGCCGCGCGAUCGCCGAUCGAUCCGGCCGGAGCCGUGCGGAGAUCGGUAGGGUAGAUUGCCGAAUCGGGGCUGGACCUCGCGACCCGCGAUCGGGAUUCGGCACGGAGGUCCUGCGCGCGAUCGGAUCUGGUGGGAUCGAUUUCGAAGGGCGUAGAAGGAGAAGAAGCAGGAGGAGGAGGAGGAGGAGGAGAAGGAGGAGAAUGGUGAAGCUCACGAUGAUCGCCCGCGUCACCGACGGCCUCCCGCUCGCGGAGGGGCUCGACGACGGCCGCGACGUGAAGGACGCCGAGUUCUACAAGCAGCAAGUCAAGGCGCUGUUCAAGAACCUCUCCAAGGGCCAGAACGAGCCCUCCAGAAUGUCGGUCGAAACCGGCCCUUACUACUUCCACUACAUCAUUGAAGGGCGUGUCUGUUACUUGACCAUGUGCGAUCGAUCUUACCCCAAGAAGCUCGCGUUUCAGUACCUGGAGGACCUCAAGAAUGAAUUCGGGCGCGUGAAUGGGGCGCAGAUCGAAACCGCGGCUCGGCCGUACGCCUUCAUCAAAUUCGAUACGUUUAUACAGAAAACAAAGAAACUUUAUCAGGACACUCGUACCCAGAGGAACAUUUCGAAGUUGAAUGAUGAACUCUAUGAGGUCCACCAGAUUAUGACCCGCAAUGUCCAAGAGGUACUUGGCGUUGGCGAAAAAUUGGACCAGGUCAGUGAAAUGUCUAGUCGGUUAACAUCAGAAUCUCGCAUAUAUGCCGACAAGGCCAGAGACUUGAAUCGACAGGCACUAAUUCGAAAAUGGGCCCCAGUUGCCAUUGUUCUGGGAGUGGUCUUCCUUCUCUUCUGGGUCAAAUCAAAGAUAUGGUGAUGUGACUGCCUUGCCUGUACUUCUGUUCUACUGCAGUGGGCUGCUGGGUUGCUGAGAGAUUCAUUCUCAACGAUUUUAAAUGGGGCACGGGAUUUUCACAGAGAAUCAUAUGCGUUCAAAAGUUAGUGUAGUUCUUCUAAUUGCAUUUUGUAUUGGAUGCUUCAUUCCUUAUGCAGUUGUGGCAAUAGAUUUGCCAUGUUAAGUAGUGAAUAGAGAACCCUCCCUUAAGACAGGAGCAACAUCAAUAUCUUAUUGUCGACAAACUAGCAGAGUGUUUUCCGUACAGGAGGCUGCGUAUAACUUUUGUUCAUCAAUACCUAUAAUCAUCUCUUAUAGUACUGUUGUCUAUAGCUUUAUCAUAUUAAGAUUAUGUUAGGUUUCAUGCC